AUGGUUGACGUCAUGAAACAUUUUGCCAAAGGCAUUGCACCGGAUUCUUUAGAUGACUACACACAAAUGGGAGCGACCACUAUCUACCAUUAUGCUAUGAAGUUUAUGGAUGCAAUAAUUUGGAUUUAUAAUGGUCGAUACUUGCGUCAACCUAUCGCUCAAAAUACAAACAGGAUUAUAGCAGAAAAUGAAGCUCGGAACAAUGAUCUUAAUGUCUUGCAUGCUUCGGGUUUGUUCGAUAGACAACUUCUUGGUGUAUCACCUCCUUGUCAUUAUCAAAUCAAUGAAAAGAAUUACGACCAGGGGUACUAUCUAGGAGAUGGUGCAUAUCUCAUGUAUGGUUGCAUCGUGCAAGGAUACAAACCCGCCUCAAACAUUAGAGAAGGUCUUUUCAAUCAAUAUCAAGAAGCUAAAAGGAAGGACAUAGAACGUGCAUUUGGUGGUUUAAAAGGUAAGUUUGGCAUUAUAUCGAAACCUUGUCGUUAUUAUAAAAAAUCUGACAUGAAGGCAAUUAUGAGGGGGUGCUUGAUAAUGCACAACAUGUGUGUUGAGGUGGAAUAUCGAAAUGCGGAUUGGGGGAGGAUCAUGGGAGAUGAACCUCAACCGCCAAUUCAAGGAAACGUAAGGCUACCUCCUCAUAUAUUGUACAACCCUGCGAUUUGGGCACAACUUCGCUUGGAACUCACUACACACAUGUGGAACCGACACGGAGAAGGUCUGAGAGAUGGUGAUAUUCCAAACAUGCAUAUUGAUGAUGCCUUGUCGAAAGUUCAUGAGGGUACAACCGACGUGGACAGCGAUGAAGAUCAAUAUGACCCUCAAGGAGGUGGUGCAUUUUAUGAGAAUGGAGAGUAA